AUGGCUCUAAAACUCAACCGACUAACCUUCCCACCAGCCCACAAACUCCCUUCUCAAUCUCCGUUCCAGAGAUCUCCUAAUAGAGUUUUCAUGGCGGCCACUGUUGGUUCCACUUCCACCAAAGAGGUUGAGAAUCUAAAGAAGCCCUUUAGUCCUCCACGAGAGGUACAUGUUCAAGUGACUCAUUCGAUGCCUCCGCAAAAGAUGGAGAUAUUCAAAUCCUUGGAGGGUUGGGCUGAGGAUAAUAUAUUGGUGCAUCUAAAACCUGUUGAGAAAUGUUGGCAACCACAAGAUUUUCUUCCAGACCCCGAGUCGGAAGGGUUUUAUGAGCAAGUCAAGGAAUUGAGGGAAAGGGCAAGGGAGCUGCCCGAUGACUAUUUUGUUGUGCUGGUUGGAGAUAUGAUCACUGAAGAAGCGCUUCCAACUUAUCAGACAAUGCUUAACACCCUAGAUGGAGUUCGAGAUGAGACUGGUGCAAGCCUUACUUCUUGGGCAAUCUGGACAAGGGCAUGGACUGCUGAAGAGAAUAGGCAUGGUGACCUUCUCAACAAGUAUCUCUACCUAUCUGGUAGGGUGGAUAUGAAGCAUAUUGAGAAGACAAUUCAGUAUCUGAUUGGGUCAGGAAUGGAUCCUAAAACAGAAAACAAUCCAUACCUUGGUUUCAUCUACACUUCAUUCCAAGAGAGGGCAACAUUCAUAUCCCACGGGAACACAGCUAGACUAGCGAAGGAGCAUGGGGACAUGAAGCUGGCACAGAUAUGUGGCAUCAUUGCUGCCGAUGAAAAGCGACAUGAAACUGCCUAUACUAAGAUAGCGGAGAAGCUCUUUGAGAUUGACCCGGAUGGCACUGUCAUGGCUUUAGCUGACAUGAUGAGGAAAAAAAUCUCAAUGCCUGCCCACUUGAUGUUCGAUGGGCAGGAUGAUAACCUUUUUGAUCACUACUCCUCUGUGGCCCAGAGGAUUGGUGUCUACACUGCCAAGGACUAUGCUGAUAUUCUGGAAUUUCUGGUGGGAAGAUGGAAGGUAGAGAAUCUGAUUGGUCUUUCUGGUGAAGGGCGUAGAGCUCAGGAUUUUGUAUGUGGAUUGCCUGGAAGGAUUAGAAGGUUGGAGGAGAGAGCCCAGGGAAGGGCAAAGCAAGCAGCGACUGUCCCGUUCAGCUGGAUAUUUGGUAGAGAACUGAAGCUUUAA